UGUGGACAUCACGUUUGGGGACAGACAGUGGCCGGAGGGGACAUUGCAACCCCCGGGGCUGCACGUCACCCCCGUGGGGUCUGGGGACUGUGGGACUGCUGAGGACGAGGCGGUUCCCAACCCGGGAAAUGAUGUUCACAUCCAGACCUCCCGGGCUCUCAUGGUGAUUUCUCUCCUCCUGGGUUUCUUCGGCAUCAUUGUGAGCGUGGUGGGCAUGAAAUGCACUAAAGUUGGUGAGGAAGAUCCCGUUACCAAGAGCCGCAUCGCCGUUGCUGGUGGUGUCCUCUUUGUCCUCUCUGGUCUGUGCACAUUGUCCGCGGUGUCCUUGUACGCGACGCAGGUGACCUACGAGUUCUUUAGAGAGAGCACCGUCCCCGUCAACGCCAGGUAA